AUGGACUUUAUUCAAAAUUUAAUCAAAAAACUUUUUCCACAUAAUAUUAUAACUCAUCAUAUAAAUGACUUAACUAAUGAACCAUCCGAUCAAAAUAAUAUAAAAAAUGAUAUUUGUAUAAGUAUAGAAAAAGAAAAUAAAUCUCGACAAUUUUGUCGUCUUACCAUUGAACAACUAACAACAUUAUUUGAACAUUGUCCUGUAUCCGAUCGAACUUUAUAUGAAGUUAUUUCUCUAUCGAAGCCUGUGAAAGCAUAUAUUGAUUAUGAGUACUUCAUCGACAAAAACCUUGAUAUAGAAAAUCAUUACAUUGGUCCUAUAUCUUCUCUUAAAAUACUUUACUAUUUUCUAAAUAUUCCAAAUGAUACUAUUGAUACAAUCGAAACUUAUACACAAAAGAUUUUAAAACAAUUUCUAGUUUUACAAGCAUCAACAAACGAAAAAAUAUCCUAUCAUUUUAUACAUUCGAAACCAUCAGUUUUAUUUGAAAAUGUAUCAACUCUUGGUAUUUUCCUCAAAGCUAUUAUUCAUUUUCUCCUAUUCUCAAUUAUUCAACAUAAAUGUACAAUGUUUAAUAUCAAUUCACCACCAGAACCCUGUACAAUAUCAAAUUUAAUUCAAAUCUUAGCUCCAUAUGUCAGUAUACUACGAAAACAUUGUACUUCAUGUACAAUAUCGAUUCCUUAUGUUUCAAUUGCUGAUAUUUUAUAUUUGCUUGUACGAAGUGCAGCAGAUAAAUGGAUCACAGCAAUUGAUAUAAAUGUUUAUUCAAAAAACCAACAAUUUCGUUUAUUUAAUAGUGUAAAAUACGGAAAAAACAAUCCCCUUAUUCCCUCAACUACAUUUCCUUUUGAUUCUUCGCUACAAUAUUCGUUCAGUGAUAUUCUUAAAAAAUCAUUAAUUACAUUAAUUGAAAAUCAUCAAAUACCAAAAAUUUAUUUCAAAAAUAAAAAUCUUAUAAUUCAUUUUCCACCUUAUUCUAAUUCCAAUUCAACAACUACAAUUCCACAAAAUUUAUUAAAUAUUAAAAUAAUUAAUGAUCACAGAGACCACUCAUAUUUUCUUAAUCUAGAUAUAAAUACUAAUACGAAUCAAAAUUCCUCUUCGUCAUUACAUCCAAAUCAAUCUAAUAAACUAGAUUUAUCUAUACCUGAUGUCCAAAUAUUUAUUACUUUUGUUCAGAACAUCAUUACAUCUGAUCCAUCUCAUCAAGGCUAUAUACAUUCAUGCAUUAGAGGAACUUACAAUAAAAGUUUAUUAUUUUUCAAUAUAGCAGGUCAUUAUAAAUAUUGUCCAAAGAAAAAAGAUCAUCAUCAACAUAACAACGUAGCUAUCAUCAUAAAUAUUAAAACCUAUACAUACAGCAUUCGAUGUAAAGAUCCUGAAUGUAAUAAUACUAUAUUGUCCUGGAAAAAAAUAAAAUAA